AUGGUUCACCAUCAAAUAUCUCCAUUGAGUUUUUCGCUGUUGGCUGUGAGCUGCGCUCUUGCCCAGUCUUACAACGAUGGCCGCUAUUCUCCGGAACAAAACCAGGGCAAAUAUGACGAUGGUAAAUACCGACCGGAUAACAGAGGAGCUUAUCGUCCAGGUGACAAUGGAAAGUACAGAGGAAACGGAAGGGUAUCCACAACUCGCAUCAGUACUAUCGGAACUAAUGUAGCCACCCAAAGAUACACUCCACCAGCUCGCAUUGUAACACGUCCACAAGUUGCCGCUCCAAUUACUCGAGUCGCUCCAGUCGCUCCAGUUGCUCAAAUCGCUCCAAUCGCCUCCCCUAUUGUGGCAUCAAACUUCCUUGGAUACAUUGGAAACGAUAUCGGAAUCAACGGAUUGACAAACCCAAUUGGUGAUCUAGGUUUGCUAUCCCAGAGCAACCUACACAUUGGGGAUAUUGGACAUCUGGGAACCCUGAACACCGAUUACAGUGCGCUCCUUGCUGGAAGUUCUUUAGGUUUGGGAUAUGAUUAUUUGGGUGGAUUGAACGGAUUCCAGUCCACGGGAAUUCAUCUUCCAACUCCACUUGAUCUUCCCCACAUUCUGUAA